UGCAGUGUGAGAUUCUUGCAGGAGAAUUGGCCGGCAUGGAUUCUGCUGCUGCCGCCGUCUGCGCGGAGAAGGCGAGCGAGACCAUCAAGAUCGGGCAGGUGGACGACGUGCAGGAGCUGCACACCGUGCCGGAGCGGUACAUCAGGGACGGCGACGACCGGCCGAACGGCGGUGCCGAAGUGUGCGCGCUGGAAAUUCCGGUGAUCGACGUCGGCGAGCUGCGGCGCGGCGGCGAGGAGGAGCUCGACAAGCUCAGGCUCGCCUGCAAGCAGUGGGGCUUCUUCCAGGUUGUGAACCAUGGCGUGGAGGAGGAGGUGAUGGAGGAGAUGGAGAAGGCGGCGAGGGAGUUCUUCAUGCUGCCGCUGGAGGAGAAGGAGAAGUACCCCAUGGAGCCCGGCGGCAUCCAGGGCUACGGCCACGCCUUCGUCUUCUCCGAGGACCAGAAGCUCGACUGGUGCAACAUGCUCGCCCUCGGCGUCGAGCCGGCCUUCAUCCGCCGUCCCAACCUCUGGCCAACAACUCCGGCCAACUUCAGUGGGACGCUGGAGACGUACUCGGUGGAGAUCAGGGAGCUGUGCCUCCGGCUGCUGGACCACAUCGCGGCGGCGCUGGGGCUGGCUCCGGGGAGGUUCAACGGCAUGUUCGGCGAGGCGGUGCAGGCGGUGAGGAUGAACUUCUACCCGCCGUGCCCGCGGCCGGAGCUGGUGCUGGGGCUGAGCCCGCACUCCGACGGCAGCGCGGUGACCGUGCUCCAGCAGGACGCGGCGUUCGCCGGCCUGCAGGUGCUCCGGGACGGCGCCUGGGUGCCCGUCCAGCCCGUCCCCGGCGCCCUCGUCGUCAACAUCGGCGACACGCUCGAGGUGCUCACCAACGGCAGGUACAAGAGCGUCGAGCACCGGGCGGUGGCCAGCGGCGAGCACGACCGCCUGUCCGUCGUCACGUUCUACGCGCCGGCCUACGACGUCGAGCUCGGCCCGAUGCCGGAGUUCGUCGCCGGCGGCGAGCCGUGCAGGUACCGGAGGUACAACCACGGCGAGUACAGCCGCCACUACGUGACCAGCCGGCUCGAGGGCAAGAAGACGCUUGAAUUCGCCAAGAUCUAAUUAACCGAGCAAUUAAUUAUUAAUUAAUCACCCUAGAAAUCAAUUAUAUUCACGCAUACUACAACCUUAUUAGUCACUAUGUUUGUACAACCACUUGUGUAUGUGCAGAACAGCCUUGAUAUAUGAUGAUCUCAACGUUAGAAAAUACUCCCUCGUUUUGUAUUAUAUUUAAUUUUAUGUUUAUUCUAAGUCAAACAUGUUUUAAGUUUUAUCAAAUGUGUAGAAUAAUAUAGCAAUAUUUUGUAACAUAAAAUAAAUAUAU